AUGUCUGCUGGCGGCGGCCGAGAACGGUCUCGUCCAUGCCAGCCGCGGAAGCGGACUGGAAGAGAGAUUCUGCAUUUUCUCAGCAAGAGAGAAGAUCUGAAGCUGAGAAAAGCUUAUCCAGUUCCAUGGGUAUUGCCAUUACUAUAUGGAACACGAUGGAGCAAAUGUCUGGGGUAUAUAUUGGAUAUUACCAGUAUUUUAGUCAAUAAGGAAGACACAGGGUCAGUGAGACUUCGAGGUGGCAAAAAUGAAUUUGAAGGUACAGUUGAAGUUUAUCUGAAUGGAAUAUGGGGAACAAUUUGCAGCAGUCAUUGGGAUGAUAAUGAUGCAUUGGUGAUAUGUCAACAACUUGAACUUGGAGACAAAGGCACAGCAAAGCAAACCCCAUUCUCUGGACUGGGCCUUAUCCCUGUUUAUUGGAGUGAUGUACGUUGCCAUGGUGAUGAAGAAAACAUCUUGCUGUGUGAAAAACAAAUUUGGCAGGGUGGAACGUGUCCUCACAAUAUGGCAGCUGCUGUUGCGUGUAGCUUUUCUCAUGCCUCUGAUUUUAUCCCGGUACGGCUGGUUGAUGGGAGCAGUGCUCGUGAAGGAAGAGUAGAAGUCUACCAUUCCGGUCAGUGGGGGACCAUCUGUGAUGACCAAUGGGAUGAUGCUGAUGCUGAGGUAGUCUGCAGGCAGCUUGGUCUUGGGGGAGUUGCCAAGGCCUGGAGCCAAGCAUAUUUUGGAGAAGGUUCAGGUUCUGUGCUGCUAGAUGAAGUGCGUUGUACAGGAAAUGAACUGUCUAUAGAACAGUGUCUAAAGAGUUCCUGGCAAGAACACAACUGUGGUCACAAAGAAGAUGCUGGAGUAUCCUGCACUCCCCUUGCAGAUGGUGCAGUCAGACUUGCUGGUGGAAAAGGGAGCCACAAGGGACGGGUGGAAGUGCUUUACAAUGGGCAGUGGGGCACUAUCUGUGACGAUGGGUGGACUGAACUGAACACACAUGUGGUUUGUCAGCAGCUGGGAUUUAAGAAUGGAAGAAGUUCAUCAGAACACUACCUGGAAGAGACCACAGGACCUAUCUGGUUAGAUGAUGUCAGCUGCUCAGGAAAGGAGUCUGCUAUAGUUGAGUGUUCAAAGAAGGAAUGGGGAAACCAUGACUGUAGCCAUCAAGAGGAUGUCCAUCUCAGUUGCUAUCCAGAUAAUGACAGCCACAGAAUCUCACUGGGGCCUCCCAUAAGACUAAUGGAUGGUGAAAAUAAGAAAGAAGGACGAGUGGAGAUCUUUAUCCAUAGCCAGUGGGGGACAAUUUGUGAUGAUGGAUGGUCUGAUAAGGAUGCGGCUGUGGUAUGUCGACAGCUUGGCUACAAAGGCCCAGCAAGAGCAAGGACUAUGGCAUAUUUUGGAGAAGGAAAAGGCCCAAUCCAUGUUGAUAAUGUGAAAUGCACAGGAAACGAAAGAUCUCUGGCUGACUGCAUUAAACAGGAUAUUGGCAGACACAAUUGCCGUCAUAGUGAAGAUGCUGGGGUGAUUUGUGAUUAUCUUAACAAGAAGGCAUCUGGGAACACUCAUAAAGAUUCUCUUGCUUCUGUGUGUGGUUUGAGAUUGCUGCAUCGUCGCCAGAAACGAAUAAUUGGUGGGAAAAAUUCUUUAAGGGGUGGAUGGCCCUGGCAGGUUGCUCUGCGGCUGAAAUCAUCCCAUGGUGAUGGAAGAUUACUGUGUGGUGCCACUCUCAUCAGCAGCUGCUGGGUACUUACUGCAGCACACUGUUUUAAGAGGUAUGGCAAUAACACUCGCAGCUAUGUGGUACGAGUUGGAGACUACCACACUUUGGUACCUGAGGAAUAUGAGGAAGAAAUUGGAGUCCAAGAGAUUAUAGUGCAUAAGGAAUAUAAGCCUGACAGCAGUGACUACGACAUCGCACUAGUGAGGCUGCAAGGGCCUGAGGAACAGUGUGCCAGGUUCAGCACUCAUGUCUUACCUGCCUGCUUGCCACUCAGGCGAGAGAGGCCACAGAAAACAGCUCCAAAUUGCUUUAUCACUGGUUGGGGUGACACAGGGAGGUCUUACUCAAGGACAUUACAGCAAGCUGCUAUCCCCCUGCUUCCCAAGAGGAUCUGUGAAGAAAGGUACCGGACACGGUUCACAGGAAGGAUGCUCUGUGCUGGUAACCUCCAAGAGCAGAAACGUGUGGACAGCUGCCAAGGAGACAGUGGUGGACCCCUGAUGUGUGAACGUCCAGGAGAAAGCUGGGUUGUGUAUGGGAUAACCUCCUGGGGUUAUGGCUGUGGAGUCAAAAAUUCUCCAGGUGUCUAUACCAAAGUUUCUUCUUUUGUACCCUGGAUAAGAAGUGUGACCAAACUAUGACCACUCCUGGCCCUGGUGGGGAGGGGGGCACUUUGUGUGCACCCUCCUUUUUGGAAAUUAAAACAAAUCGCCACAAUGGUAAUGUUGUCCUGGGUUAGUUACAAUGAAAAGGGUUAGGAGAGCAAUUUUACAUCUCUAGUGACACCCUCUAGAUGAAGUUACCAAAUAGCACAGAUCAAUUGCACAAAUUAGUUCUGAACACAACAUAAACCAGUUUAUUUCUGCUUUGAAUAAAUUAUUUUCAUGUCUGUGUAGGAUGAGGUAAUAUACAAACUUUAUCAGAAACUGUCCCAUUUUUGGACAGACUAAAAUUGUCCUACCACUUCAUUGCACAGGUAACAUUAAUAACACUGACCUGAAAUAUGAAGUACACAAGCCUAAUCUUUUCAUAUUGAACAUACGCUUCUAUAUUUAUCAUUGUUCAGUGGAAUCUUUGAAGGCUUCAGAUGCAUUCCUCAGCAAACUUCUAAAAAGUUGAUUUUUUGACACAUUGAGACUUAGUAUGUGAUGUCUUCAGGCAACUCAGCUCCAGAUGGAUUUCAAAGUAUGGUCCAUUAAUGAAGACUGACGCUCUAUAUCCUUUAACAACAGGAAGUAAGAAGAGCAAGUACUGAUUAUUAUUUAACUCCUUGGAAGUUUUAAGAUUGCUUUCACUGAAUUUUGAAAAAGUGUUUUAGCUUUGCCAGGAGACUGAAAAGUGGUAGUUUCAUGUCAGGAUAUUGUCUAUGUACAUGUGAUUAGCAACCACUAGCUAGUCUUUUUGGUCAUUCUAGUUGCAAUAUUGUCUUUUUGACACUUGGAAUUAUAUGUAUAUUAAGCGAUCAGUGUUUCAGCAUGUAACAGGUUUGUAGCAAUGAUUACACAAUACCUCAAAAUUAUCAAAAUCCCGCUAAAAAAUAAAAUCAACAUUUCUUUAUAAUAGCUAGAGAGUAUUUCUGCUAUGGAAAAGUCACCUCCAAUAUUUAAUCAAAAAUUGGUGCUAAAAAUUGAAUGUUUUCAUACAGUGGAAUGUUUUAAACAUGGAAUGUUUUCACACAGCUUUCUGGGAUGUUGCACUACGUUUUACUAGGGGGGGAAAGCCUUUAUAUGAGCUGAUUCAAUACUGUUUUCAGAGUCACUGUAAAAUGAAAG